AUGACGGUGGAAGAAUAUACAAUGGAGUUCGAGCAACUUCACAUGAAGUGCGAUGUCCAUGAGCCUAAAGAACAAACUGUAGCUCGUUAUCUUGGGGGUCUUAAUGUUGAAAUUACAGAUGUUGUUCAACUACAACCAUAUUGGAACCUAAAUGAUGUCAUCAGAUUAGCAUUAAAGGUUGAGAAACAACAAUUACGAAAAAGCUCAAUGAGUUCAUCUAGACAGAAAGAUUCCACUUCAAACCGUGGGAGACAGAGUUCGGCAACCAUUCCACCUCCAAAGGUAAACUCUUCCAAAACUCUAAAUCAUAAAGAGACUACUUCUACUCGUGCUCCUAAUGUCAACAAAAAGUGUUUCAAAUGCCAAGGAUUUGGGCAUAUUACUUCUGAUUGUCCAAAUCGAAGAAUUAUCUCUUUAGUUGAAGAAGAAGUCAUGGAAGAACCUAGCCUUGAAGAAGUAGAUGAUGAGCUAGAAAUAUUCAAUAACGAAGAGAUAGAAGAAGUCUCUGCUGACCAUGGAAAAGCUCUGGUUGUACGUCGUAACCUUAACACUGCUAUGAUGACAGAAGAUGAAAGUUGGCUCCGUCAUAAUAUAUUCCAUACAAGGUGCACAUCCCAAGGGAAGGUUUGUAAUGUCAUUAUUGAUAGUGGAAGCUGUGAAAAUGUUAUUGCCAACUACAUGGUAGAAAAGUUGAAACUUCCAACCGAAGUACAUCCUCAUCCUUACAAGCUACAAUGGCUGAGAAAAGGAAACGAAGUUAAGGUAACAAAGUGCUGUUGUGUUCAAUUCUUUAUUGGAAGUAAGUAUGAAGAUGAAGUCUGGUGUGAUGUUAUCCCAAUGGACGCAUGCCACUUGUUGUUAGGACGGCCAUGGCAAUAUGAUCGUCGAGCUCACUAUGAUGGAUACAAGAAUACUUAUUCCUUCAUCAAGGAUGGAGUAAAAAUUAUGCUGACUCCAUUAAAGCCAGAAGACCGACCAAAGAGACAAGAUGAAGAUAAAGCACUCAUCACUGUGCCUAGCUUAAGCAAAGCUUAUUGUGAGUUAAACCAUUUAUGUCUCUUAUUAGUCUCUAAGGAGAAUAAAGUGUCUUCAUCCUUAUCCAAUGAUGGUCAAACAAAAUUGAUCAACCAAAGUUCGGGAAACUUAUCGAGAAGCUUUGUGGACAAUCAUGCCGUUAACAAGACUACAGUUAAGUAUGAUUUUCCUAUCCCUCGAUUAGAUGACAUGUUCAUUGGCUCUAAAGUGUUUUUGAAGAUGGAUUUGAAGAAAAGAGAUCAACAAAUUCGAAUACGACUUGGAGAUGAAUGGAAAACAACUUUCAAAACAAUGGAUGAAUUUGAUCAAAUGGUUGGUAUGGACUAUGACAAUAUAUGGAUCCAGACAUCAACAUGGAGUAUGUCCAGACCUACUCGUCAGAGCCGAGUUUUUCUGACCCGAGGAGAAUGA